CUCUACACAUGCUACACUAAGGUUUCACAACGAAUUUGUCAAGUUUUUGGCCCCAAAACAAAGACUUUUAAGUUGCAACACGGUUGCUAUGGAAGAUUUCAACAAACAGUGUAUGAUAAAGAUGUGUUCCAACUGUUAUGGAGACACAGAAUACUACUGCAAGACAUGUAAAAGUAACCUAUGUCCACAGUGUAAAGAGAGACACAACAGUGAUCUAGACACUUUGUACCAUGAUGUUGUGAUUUAUAGAGAGAAAUGUGAAGUCGUUCAAAAAGCAGAGACUUGUGACAGACAUCCAGAUAUGAUAUAUGAAAUGUACUGUCAGUCUUGUGAACUUCUUGUCUGUAAUCUGUGUAUAGAACAUAGAAAUCAUGAAAAAAUGGAUCUUAAAGCUGCUUAUAGAAUAACCAGACAGCAAUACAAAGAAACAAUUCACAAAAUCAGAAGUGAGGUUCUGUAUAGAAACUAUAGUGUUUUAUCCGGGAUUCAGAAUCACAUGAAAACAUGCAGUAGAACACUUUCAGGUAUUCAGUCAGCAAUGCCUUUAAAAGCUACAAGGUUAAAGGAUUUAACUGAUACUGUCUUGUUAAAUGAUAUAACAAAAUGCAGCCUGCUUUUGGUUCAAACACUACAACAUCAGAAGUUCAAACAAAAUACAUUUCUUGCUAAAUCUGAAUACUGUGAACACAGAUCUGAGCAUUUAUUGAUCAGACCUAUACAAUUUCUUUUAUUCUACAAGAAAAAUUUCAUCAAAAAUACCAAAGCAACUGUACAGGUAAAGCAAAUGCCUAUUUUGUCAAUAAGUGAUAAUUUAAACAAAGCUGAUGUGAGUCUGUUAUUAAAAGAAACCCAAAGUGAAAUCACAAAAAGAGAAAUAUUAGAUGAACAGCUACUGAAAAUAAUGUCGAAACCUGUGUUAAAGAGGUCGGUGAAAGUCAAAGAUAUCAGUUAUGGUCGUCAUGUUUCUAUUGUGGCACCAGAUAAAUUCUGGGUCAGUGAUUGGAACAAUCUCAUCUUGACAGACACCUCGGGUGAAACUCUUCAGGAAGUGACAGACAAAGCUGCUUUUGGAGGUGUGCACACAGUAUCAAGUGCUGGGGAUCUUCUGUAUGUUGACAUCAGCGGAGAUGUCAAAAUUCAAACAGAAAGCCGAUCAAUGGUCAUGUUAAUGAGAAUAACAGAUUCAUUGAGACCUGUCAGUCUCCACUACUGUGUGUCCUCUCGAGAACUACUUAUUGGGAUGAGGAUGUAUAAUUACAAUACAUAUACAGGCAUGGUAAAGCGGUAUGACAGCAGUGGGGAAGUAGAACUCCAAACUAUCCGAAUCGACCACAAAGGUGAAAUUUUAUUUGGAGAUCCGAAGUACCUCACAAAAAAUUGCAAUGGAGAUAUCAUUGUGUCAGACUAUGAUCUCAGAGCUGUAGUGGUGGUUGACUCUAGAGGCAAACAUCGUUUCUCUUACACGGGGCCUCCAUCAGGAUCGGGACUGCAAUCAGGACUACAACCUGAAGGAAUCUGUACAGACGCCCUGUCACACAUCCUGGUGGUCGAUACCCUCACUGACACUGUCCAGAUGAUUGACAAGGAUGGUCACUUCUUGUCACUCCUGUUGACCAAACCAGGGAGUAUACACGAGCUGUAUGGCCUGGCCUAUGAUCACAAAACUCAUCUUCUUUAUGUUGGGCGUGGAUCUUCAGAAUGUACUGACAUAGUGUCUGUGUAUAGAUACAUAGAAAGGAUAAACUAUUCGACAGAUAUGCAUUAAUAACACCCCCUUGUGUUUUAUGUAUAGGAAAUGGCGUGCUGUUUAUGAAAAUCUAUCUGUACAGUUACGCCUCUGUUUUCUGUUUAUUUGAUCUUUUACUGUGAAAAUAAUUUUUUUUGAGUCGGAUAUAUUUCUGUUAACAAUUGUCUUUGGAAUCUGGAAAGAAAAUGAUGGAAACGCCAUGCAUUAUUAUGUGCACUAACAAAUAUUUCAAUAUGCAAAAGCUACAAGAUGUAGUCCAGAAGUUUUGUUAAAAUUCCACAAAUCAGAUAGAAUUAUGAAGAAAGUUCCAAAGCUUCAAAAUUUGAUUGACAAUUUUUUAUGAAAAAAAAAAAUACUAGUCAUACGUCUUACAACUGCUCAUUAGAAAUUGUUAAAUUUCAGGAUAUUUUUGUCCUGUCUGUCUGUUUAUCUGUUUGUCUUUUGUCAACUUUUACCUUCGCCAUAACUUUUGAUCCACGAGAGAUAUUUCUAUGCAAACUCCACUGAUUAAGAUCUUUGAAAUGACACCAAGGUCAAUGACCUUGUUACCUUGACUGUGAUGUACAUGUAUAUGCUAUAAAUAUCUUUUUCGUACCUUCGUCGUAUUUUUUGAACUAUAGGAGAUAAAGACUUUAUAUUUGGUAUGCAUUCUCCACUAAGUUCUUUCAUAUGAUUCCAAGGUCAAUUACAUUUUGACCUUGACUGUGACGUACGAGGGUGGAUCCAAAAGUUAUGUCACAGUGUCCAUAUCUCUUAUAUUUGGCGUCAAAUUAUCAAAUACAAUAUACCAAAAGAUGCACAAAUAUAAAUCUAAUUAACAUUGAGAUUUUAAUCAAAUAAUGUUCAUUUGAAUUUAUUUUAUAGAUGUUUAAAACAUAGAGCAUAGGGGGUGUCGCCGCGUCACAACGGAACGUCACGUUUUAAAGUGUAUUUUUUCUUAGAAUGAAAAAAAAAAAACAAACACAUUAAAAAGAUUUUUUAAAAAAGCACCUAAUCUCCCAUUUUUUUUUUUAAAGACACAAUUCUCGUCAUUUUCUAGACUUUAACUGAAAAUUAAAUAACGGCAUUGAUAUUUUGUGAUCAUAAACAUUGUUGCUUUACUCUGUUGAAUUGAACAAAGGGAUUGUCGUAAUGGAGAAAAAAGCCCCUACAAGUUGUAAUGCAUUUUUGCUUCAAAAUAUGGGAAUCAUCACUAGCGACAUUUUCGUUAAUCAAUCAGACCUACUGAAUAAAUAAUGUAAAUAAGAUACAUUUUAAUAUAUGGUUUCAGCAAUUUUGGGCAGGUGAUUGGUCACUGAAUGAUUAGCAGAGGACAAGAAGACCGAAAGGUAGGAGAUCGGACGGAAACGUCCAAUGGUGUCUGACGCUGUCAAAAAGACAGACGUAUAGAGUGACAUGUGAAUUUUUAAGUUUGUCUUAUGCUAUUGUUCAAAAAAUUUGACAGAGGGCUUAAUUAUGAAAAGAGUAAGUGUAUAAUGGAACCAAGAAUUCUUAAAGAGAG